AUGUCACUUGUAAAAUACAUAGCAAUAGGUAUGUUACCGUUAUCACACGCCGAAGGUCCAAGAUUUAUACAAUUCGUUAAAGCUCUCAGUCCUGAAUAUGUGAUCCCGAGCAAAACAGUCAUAAAAGAUCGCUUAGAAGUCUUGUACCAAUCAGUGCGUAAAGAUAUACUGGCAACUCUUCGUAAUUUUUAUGAUGUGUCGAUUACAACGGACGCUUGGACAUCUCGUUCUGCAGUUUCAUUUAUUACAAUUACAGUACAUGCUAUAGAUGAGUUAUGGAAUUUAUUCUCUGUAACUUUGAACACCUUGGAAAUGACUGAAAGUCACUCGGCAGCAAAUAUUUACCAUCAUUUAUGCAAUGCUUUAUCAGAGUGGAAUUUGGCAGAUAAAAUAAUUGCUGUGGUCCAUGAUAAUGCACGAAAUAUGGUGGCUGCAAUGCGCGAAAGCUCUACUGCUGACAUCAAGAACGGUCAAAGUGUUCGUUGCGUUUGUCAUUCGUUACAGCUUGUUAUAAAAAAAGCUUUUAAUGAAGAACAUUUUCAAAUACAUCUUCAAAAAGUUUCUGCAAUCGUUGGUCACUUUAAACAUUCAUAUAAAGCAACAAAAGCUCUUAAAGAUGCCCAGAAAUUACAUAAUUUACCUGACCAUUCUUUGAUUAGCUACUGUGUAACUCGUUGGAAUUCCGCUUACAAUAUGGUUGAACGGCUAUUGGAACAAAGACAAGCAGUUGAAAGUGUGUUACUGAAUCUUGAGUUUACAACUACAGUAAUGUGUAAAAAAUUGCUGUUACAUGACCCUCCGAAAAUUCAAUCACUUAAAGAAGUAUUUCGCGAAGAACUAGAAGCUCAGUUUUUGGAGGAAGAUUAUGAUUCCGUACCUGCAUUAGCCUGUUUUUUGGAUCCUAGAUAUAAAAAUAUGGCUGAUGAAACUCAAGAAUUUCGAGAGUCGGUCCAAGAAAAAAUUUUAGAAAUUAUGGCCAAAGAAAAUGUUAAAGAGACACCAGCAGCUAUCACUAAAAAUAAGAGAGAGAAAAAUUUGGACUAUCUCUUUAAUUGUGAAGCCUUAUCUCAAAGCUUUGAGAGAAUGGCAAGCUUUGAAAGUGAUAAUCCAAAUUAUCUAGAUAAUGAAAAUGAAAGAGAAAUUAAUAGCUUCAAAAUGGAGCCAAAUAUUCCGCUUGGUGACAACCCUCUUCAUUGGUGGCACUCAAAACGCCAUAAGUUUCCUAAACUGGCUAGGCUGGCGAGAAGAUACUUAGGUGUCCCAGCAUCAAAUUAUAUUAAAGAAUGA